UUUUGUGGCGUCUCCCCACCUCCCCGCCCGCUCGCCGACACGGCGGAAACGGCAAAGGAAAUCCAGACCCCCGCCGGCGUGGAGUGGAGGGACGGUCGUCCUCGCCUGCAUCUGCGGCCUCGCCUCGCCUCGGAGUCCCCGCCGUCUCACGGCAUUCGCUAGUGCCCUGCCCCUCCUACCCACCCAGCUGCUGUUAGCCGCGAGAUCCCGCCAUGGAGGUGAGGACAGUAAAAGUUGCCAACAUUUCAUUGAAUGCUUCAAAAAGGGAGAUCACAGAGUUCUUCUCUUUCUCUGGGGAUAUAGAAUAUGUUGAGAUGCAAAGUGAAUCUGAAAGGUCACAGCUUGCUUAUGUUACAUUUAAGGACUCACAAGGAGCAGAGACUGCUGUGCUUCUCUCAGGGGCAACAAUUGUUGAUCUUUCUGUCAUCAUAACUCCAGUCCCGAACUACCAGUUGCCUCCUGAUGCACGUAAACAAUCCCUGGGAGAGAAAUCUUCAUCUACUGAAUCUGCAGUCAGGAAGGCAGAGGAUGUUGUGAGCAGCAUGUUGGCAAAGGGUUUUGUCCUCAGCAAGGAUGCUCUCAACUCAGCAAGAUCUUUUGACGAGCGUCACAACAUACUGUCCAAUGCUACAGCCACCGUCGCAUCUCUAGACCGCCAGUAUGGCCUGAGUGAAAAGAUCAGUUUGGGCCGUGCAAUUGUUGGUAGCAAGGUUAAGGAGGUGGAUGAGCGUUAUCAGGUGUCAGAACUCACAAAGUCUGCUUUGGCUGCUGCGGAGCAGAAAGCCAGCAUUGCAAGCUCUGCUAUCAUGAGUAACCAAUAUGUUUCAGCUGGUGCUUCCUGGUUAACAAGCGCAUUUGGCAUGGUAACCAAAGCGGCAGGUGACAUGAGCUCCAUGACCAAAGACAAGGUGGACAGGGCCGAAGAGGAGAGGAAAGCGAUUAUGUGGGAAGAGAGGAAUGGGCUUGUAAGCGAUUACGCCAAGAUCCAUCUUGAUGAACCCUCUUCAUGGGAGCCUGCAGUUCUUCCUUUGGAAUCUGUGGAUGAGCAGAAGCUCCAGGCUGUGUGAUCCACGAAUCCAAUGGUGGUCAUUUCUCCAUGUGUUAUUCUUUUGUUGGUAUCCAAUAUAGAAGAUUGUUUUUCACUGCUGCACUGUAGCGAAACGUGGAGCUCAUUGCCUAUAGUAUGAUGUAAAUUUUUAGAAAAUACCCAUGGGUUUCUUCCAGCUUUUUUAUAGACCACUAAAAGGUUUACUUUUUCAUUGUUAGACAUGGAAAUGAAAGUUGUUCCAGGCAUGCCUCUUGUUAUUUCCGAACAUCUUUCUGUGAAUUAUCAAAAACUAUUUGUUCUCCAAUGUUUCAUGUUUAAGGUCCAAACCUGGGAAAUAAUCAAGAUCCAAAUGAAAUGCUGGCAGUAUUUCCAAUUCCU